GCGACUUUUCAUUUGCAACUAAAAUCGUGUUUUACGGCCUGCGCAAACCCUGCGUUGGGAAAACCUAGCUAGCUGUAAUUUGGUCUUUCAAAUAAGCGAUCGAAUCGGAGGGAAGAGAACCUGAGAGGUUUCGAUGGCAUCGGCGAUAGUUAGAUCUGGCCUUCGCUCGUCCCUUCGCAGUGCCACAUCUGCCCCGCGUGUUACUCCGGCAUCUAAGCGCUCUUUUGCUUCUUCCGGUCAUCAUGAUGAAGCUGCUGAGGCAUCAAAGUGGCAGAAGAUAACUUAUUUAGGAAUAGCAGCCUGCACAAUUCUGUCUAUUGUUAAUCUCUCCAAGGGUCAUCCCCAUCACGAAGAACCACCUGCAUAUCCAUACUUGCACAUCCGCAAUAAGGAGUUUCCGUGGGGUCCAGAUGGUUUGUUUGAGAGCAAACAUCAUUGAAUCUUCAAGGCCAUCCAUUGCAAGGGAUCACAGGAUAAUUGAUGAUUAGUACUUUAUUUCUUCAAUGCAUUUGAACUCAUGCUGUUGAGAUGCUGAUACUGCAUAUUUUGUUUCAAGCGCUGCAUCCCGAACAUUUAAGCAGUGUUAAUGUUCCCCCCCCCCCCCCCCCCAAAGUUUUAUGUACUUUCGUUGUGGUUAUGUUGAAAUAAAAGGAACCAGUGAAACUUUUCCAUUA